AUGCAAAUUCUGGAAUGGGCUAUAGUGCUCGCCGGCACGUGGGUAACUGUCCACCUCGGCAUCGUCAUAUAUAACUUGUUCUUCCACCCUCUACGAAAUUACCCCGGACCGAAGCUGGACGCCGCUACCGGACUGGUAUACGUCUACCAUAUGGUCAAAGGAGACAGCUGCAAGUACCUCGCCGGCCUUCAUGAGAAAUAUGGCGAAGUGGUUCGAGCUGGACCAAACGAAAUCUCCUAUGUUACCGUCAGCGCCAACAAAACUAUUUUCGGCAAGCAAGCCACGGAGGAAACGUCCUUCGAAAAGAACCCAGCCGUGUACAUCCAGGGCGAAGGCACAGCGCAGAACAUCCUCUUCGCCAGUACGGGAGAACACCCGCGAUUCAAGAAGCUCAUGGCCCCAGCAUUCUCCGAGCAGGCGAUCAAAGAGCAGGAACCAACAAUUCAGCAAUUUACGACUACAAUGAUCGACGCAUUGAGAAAUAACAGAUCCGGGAAAGCAUUUUACCCCGAUGGUUCGGGAAUCGUGAACAUCGCCGCCUGGUGCAACUUCCUCAUUUUUGACAUUCUGAGCUGCCUCUCCUUCGGCAAGCCCAUCGGCUGCCUCGAACUAGCUGACUAUCACGAAUGGGCAAAUGUUAUAUUUGGAGCCAUGAAGCACUCGCAUUUCCUUCAGUGCGCGCAUCGCCUCAAGCCUUACCACCCGAUCCUCGAAAGAUUGAUCCCUGGAGACAUCAGUGGCCCCUACGAGGCACACAUGCAAAACGUCAGGAAGAACCUCAGCGAGAGAGAAACCAGAGAUAACCUUGCCCGGGCGGACUUUGCCUCCUUCAUUCCUAAGGGUAUGUCCGAGGAUGAACUGGUCGACAAUGUAAACAUCCUCGCGACAGCAGGUUCCGAAACAACUGCGACCACCCUCGGUUCGCUAUUCUAUUACCUGACACAUAACUCUGAAAGCUACGGAAAGCUCGUCCACGAAAUCCGAUCGACUUUUGCGACCGAGGAGGAAAUAACCUUCAAUGCCGUGGGAAGCUUGAAAUACCUGAAAGCCGUCAUCCAGGAAACAUUUCGUAUUCACCCUUCAGUUCCAGUCGGGCUACACCGCAUUACCCCGAAAGCUGGCAGCUUUAUCGAUGGACGAUGGGUACCUGGCGGGACCUGGGUGUCAGUGGCUCUCCUUGCCGCUUACAGAUCGCCAAAGUACUGGAAGCGACCAGAGGAGUUCAUUCCGGAGCGCUGGUUGGGCGAUCCCGAAUUCGAUUCGGACAAUCGCCAAAUCUGGGCCCCAUUCUCCAUUGGCCCCAGAAAAUGCAUUGGAAUCAAUCUGGCGUACCUGAACAUGCGAUUGAUCGUGGCACGAAUCCUGUGGAACUUUGACUUGGAGGCGCAGCCCGAUAAUGUCGAUCCGCAUGAGCUAAAGGAGUUCGGGGUCUGGCAGGGUCAGGUUCCACUCAAUGUGAAGCUACAAGAUGUGCGGGCGUAA